GUCUUUCCGAUACUGAUCGUCAAUUGAUCGGAAAAUUGGGGGUGGGCAAUUGAAUCUGAAGCCGAGCUAAGCUGCUACAACAAUGGCGGGUGUGUCACUCAAGUGCGGGGACUGCGGGACCCUUCUCAAAUCGGUAGAGGAAGCGCAAGAGCACGCCGAGCUCACAAAACACACUAACUUCAGCGAGUCCACAGAACCCAUUCUCAACCUCGUCUGCACCUCCUGCGGCAAACCCUGCCGCUCCAAAACCGAGAGCGAUUUACAUACGAAGAGAACUGGGCACAGUGAGUUUCAAGACAAGACUGCAGAAGCUCUAAAACCCAUCAGCUUAGAGCCACCAAAGCCUAAGUUUGAUGAUGCUGAUGAUGUUGAGAUGAGUGAGGCUGGUGGAGGCAGUAGCAGUAGCCAGCAGGAAGAAAUGGUUGUUCCUGAAGUUGACAAAAACCUACUCACUGAACUUGAAGCAAUGGGAUUUCAGACUGCAAGGGCUACCCGAGCACUCCAUUAUUCUGGCAAUGCUAGCCUUGAGGCUGCUCUGAAUUGGGUUGUAGAACAUGAUAGUGAUGCAGACAUAGAUCAAAUGCCUCUGGUGCCUGUCGCUUCCCACAAUGUGCCUCCAAAGUCUUCUCUCACCCCAGAGGAGAUAAAAAUGAAGCAACAUGAGUUGAGUCCUGCUCCACCAUUUGGUAUAGAUCUGAUCAAAACAGUCCACAAUAUGCUUUUUGUAUCAGUUCUUGGGACUAAUGGUCUUGAUCCUGAAAGAAUCCGAAUUGGCAAGGAACUUCUUGAGGCUAAGCGGAUUGAGGAAGAAAAUGAAAGAAAACGAUUAAUAGCUUUGCGGAAGGCAGAGAAGGAUGAAGAGAAAAGAGCAAGAGAGAAAAUUCGUCAAAAGUUGGAAGAGGAUAAGGCCGAAAGGCGACGCAAACUUGGUCUCCCCGCUGUCUCCGCUGAAGAUCAUGCUCCAAAACCUUCUGCACCAGUGGUAGAAGAAAAGAAGAGCUCACUGCCUGUCAGACCAGCUACGAAGACAGAACAAAUGAGAGAGUGUUUGCGUAUUCUCAAGCAGAACCACAAGGGUGAUGAGGCAAAAGUAAAGACAGCAUUCAACACACUCCUAACAUUUGCCAAGAAUGUUGCAACAAAUCCAAAUGAGGAAAAGUUCCGAAAAAUCAGACUUAGUAAUCCUGCAAUCCAGGAAAGAGUUGGAAAGCUGAAGGGAGGCGUGGAGUUCCUCGAGCUGCUCGGAUUUGAAAAAAUUGAAGGCGGAGAGUUCUUGUUUCUUCAAAGAGAUAAGGUGGAUAUGGCCGUGCUUCACUCCGCUGGUGCUGAGUUGAAUAGUGCCAUCAACAAUCCCUUCUUCGGCGUCCUCUGAUCUGGUUUUCGGAAUGUAUGUUGGGGGUUCUGUUCAACUUAGUUUUCCUGUCGUGAUUUUCGUUCGCACAAAGUAUAGUUCUGUUUAUGCUUUGCUUAUGAUUUCAACUCCUUUACACAACAAUUUCGGGGUUCGAGUUUGUUGUAGGAUCAAUGGAGAUUAUGUUUGUGCAGAUGUUCUUGCCAUUAAAUCAUUCAAUUGUUUAUUCUUUUCAGCUGAAAUGUACUCCGAAGGGAUUUUAAUUGAAGUUGAACUGAACUAAAGUUGUUACUUGUAG